GGGUCCGGCUGGUGCAGGCGGAAGUAGAGACCCUUGAUUCAGCCACCUCCAGGGCAAGCCCCACAGAGUCUGGUCCUGCGUCCUCGCCCCCGUGAGGGUCCCCAGAAUCGCUGCGGACGGCAGAGGCAUGUCGGGCGAGGCAAGCGCACCACCCGCGACCUCACCCAGGGCCCCGCGUCCCGGGAUCCAGAAAUCAUCGGGUGCAGUGACCAAGAAGGGGGAUCGCGGGGCUAAGGAGAAGCCGGCGACCGUCCUGCCGCCGGUGGGCGAGGAGGAGCCCAAAAACCCUGAGGAGUACCAGUGCACCGGCGUCCUCGAGGUGGACUUCGCUGAGCUCUGCACGCGGCGGGGCUACACGGACUUCCCCAGAGUGGUCACCCGCCCCCGCCCGCAGCUGACCUUCGCCCCCUCGGCCUCCACGUCGGAAAAGCCCACAUUAGAUGAUCAGCGGCUGUCGGGGUCCUGCAGCCUCAACAGCCUGGAGAGCAAAUACGUGUACUUCCGGCCCACCAUCCAGGUGGAGCUGGAGCCCGAGGACAAGUCCGUGAGGGAAAUUUACAUUCGCGGUUGGAAGGUUGAGGAGCGGAUCCUGGGUAUCUUCUCGAAGUGUCUGCCCUCCCUCAGCCAGCUGCAGGCCAUCAACUUGUGGAAGGUGGGGCUGACUGAUAAGACCCUGACUACCUUCAUCGCCCUCCUGCCUCUCUGCUCAUCCACGCUCAGGAAGGUGUCUCUGGAGGGGAACCCGCUGCCGGAGCAGUCCUACCACAAGCUCAUGGCAGCAGACAGCACGAUCGCCCACUUGUCUCUGCGGAACAACAACAUCGACGACCACGGGGCGCGGCUCCUGGGCCAGGCUCUGUCCACGCUGCACAGCUGCAACCGGACCCUGGUCUCGCUCAACCUGGGCUUCAACCACAUCGGGGACGAGGGCGCGGGCUACAUCGCGGAUGGCCUCCGGCUCAAUCGCUCCCUGCUCUGGCUGUCCCUGGCCCACAACCGCAUCCAGGACAAGGGCGCCCUGAAGCUGGCUGAGGUCUUGCGCCCCUUCGAGCUGACGCAUAUCGAGGUGGUGGAGCGCCGGCGCCUCCUGCUGGAGAAAGGCUCGCAGGAGCGCUCGCAAUCGCCUUCCACCUCUCGGCACGGUGACUCCAAAACAGAGCGUGACAAGAAUCAGCUGAUGGGGGUCAGCAGUUUAGCAUUGGUGGAGAAGGACAAGACGCAGACAGUGAAGACACCCAAGGGUCUGGGCAAGAAAAAGGAGAAGUCGGGGGAAGUGGUGAAGAAAGAGGAGAAGUCAGGGCCUGGGCAGUCACCUACACAAGGAACCCCUAAGAAAGAAGACUCCGCAAAGGCAGGCAAGGGGAAGGUAACCAUCCCUGAGCAGAAACUAAGCAAGGGAAAGGGGGCCAAGACUGGGAGCAAAGAGAAGCGCAGCAUCCUCAUGGAGUCUGAGCAGCUGGUUGGGGAAGCUACUGAGAUGGUCAACCCUCUCCUGGAGCCCGUGGAGCACCGCGAUGGCAAAGUUUUCAUGCCUGGGAACAAGGUCCUCUUGCACCUCAAUCUUCUCCGAAACCGCAUCACAGAGGUGGGGCUAGAGGCCUUCCUCACCGUGGUGCAGUACCAGGCGCAGUUCGCCAAAUCUAAGAGCGCGUGCAAGGGCCCCAUGGGGCUGCUGUGGCUGUCCCUGGCGAAAAACUGCUUCUCCCCACAAUGUCCUGCGUACACUAUGAUCCAGGAGCUGAUGCUGCCAAGGGACCCCAUCAAUAAAUCCAAGCACAAAGAAGAGGAGCCCGUGGCUUCUUGCACCUAGCCCCUGCCCCCUGCUUUCUCCCAGAGAUUCUGGGCCAUGGAAGUACCUCCUUUCCAUGUGUGGGCUGGACCUCCCUGGGGAAAGCUCAGAUCAUUAACAAAGUCUAUUGCUGUACUUCUUGAGUUUGUCUGAAAGCUUUGUCCCAGAACUAUUCAGAAUAUUUGGACUUUAUGCCUGUUGAAAGUGUGUUAAUAUGGCCAGAAAUGGCCUAAUCGCUUUUUCUGCUGGGGGGGUGA